GUGGAAUUUUGUCUCGCGGAAAGCUUCAAAGCCUAUCUAUGGACGAGACGACAUCAACGUCCAGUCGCCCAUUAUUCACCGCCCGAUCACCCGCUAUUACGCUACCUCCAUACGAAGACGACAAGAAGAAAAAUUAACUCUUGACCUUCUCAUUCGCAUCAUUUCUCUCGUGCCCCCCCGUCUCUCUCACCGCCGGGGAGACGAGGCCCUACCCACCAUGCAGAAACUCAUCAAGCGGACGGCCGAAGCCCAAAGGGCCGCCGCCCGUCGCGCCAAGAAGAAGAGCCUCACGGAGUACCUCAGUAACAAGCAUCGCCGCAUCAGAGAACAGGCCCGUUCCGUCAGCGAGAUUGCCGCGGACCUUCGUGCCGCCCGCCUCAACCGCCGCCAAAACUGGGAGCUAGGUCCUCUCGCUCCUCGCCUCGACUUGGACGGCAAAGCUACCCAUGCCGCCCAAGAGGCCCCCCGAACAGCCAUGCAGACGCUCAUGAAGCCGUGGGAGAUCCAACUGCGCUGUGCUUGGGCCGGGACGCCCGAACUUCUCAACCUCGUCGUCGGGGACAGGGUCGUCGUCAUGGAGGGUCCGGAAAAGGGCAAGAUUGAUCGCGUGGCCAGCAUCGACAUGAGACACGGUACAAUUAAUCUGGAGAACAUUGGCAAGUACCUCUCAAAAAUCCCCGAUGAAUACCGCAGCGUCGACCCUGAAAAGAACAGCACCCGCCUCGCCUCCGUCUCGCUCCCCAUCUCCGCCGUCCGCCUCGUCCACCCCAUCACCGACCCCAAGACCGGCAUCACCCGCGACGUCAUCGUCCGCAGCCUGACCGCCGGCCCCGUGAAAUGGCACCGCCACACCGGCUGGCGCGCCUGGACGCGCUACAUCACGGGCCUCAACGUAGCGAUCCCCUGGCCCGAACGCAAGCCCGAGCCGCGGGAGGACUACGCGAGCGACACCAAGCGCGCCGACGUCGAGGAGCCGACCUUCGUCCCCAGCCUGCUCCGCUGCCCGCUCCCCGACGGCCUGAUCGACCAGCUGCGCAACCGCUACUCCCGGUUCCGCACGCGCCACGAGGAGGCCUACAUCCAGAGCAAGGAGGCCGAGGAGGCCGAGAAGCUGGCCCGCCACCGCGAGGCCCAGACCAUGCUCACCCCGCUCCAGGAGUUCAACCGCCUGCAGCGCGCCCUCCGCCGCGAGAGGGGCCAGCCCACGCUCUCCGAGGAGAUGCUCGUCAAGAUUGGCGAGGUUAUUGCGCGGAACAAGGCGGCGGCCCUCGGCGCUGCGGGCAUGUCGGAGGUGAAGAAGGAUGGCGCUGCUUCGGGCGAUGUGCCGACACAUUUGCUCCAUGGGGGGAAGGAUGCGCCGUCACCGACCCCUUCGCAACAGCCGGUGUGACGUCUUGAUAUAUUAGAUUGGUGUAAGAGACGGGAGUUGAAGUACGAGACGGUCCAGGUUGAUAUGGACAUGUACAAAACACAUACAUACACCAGGGAGAUUAUACAAGGACAGGCGAUCUUCACUUGUGCAAUAGUGUACUUUUAUCAGCAGAUAGCACUGCAGCUAUCAUGAUCAUCUUUAGUCGUGUGAAUGGUUCCGGAAUUUUCCCACCUU